AUGGAAGAAAAAAGCUCAUAAUUUUCAAAAUUGUAAAAAGAAAGCUAACAUACAAUACCAUCAGAAUAUAAUAAAUUAGAAGAAUUAUAAAUGGAUGACGAUUCCAAAUUUUUCGGAUAAACUAAAGAUGGUUAAGCUAAUGGAAAUGGAAAACUAUGGUUAAAAAAUGGGGAUUAUUAUGAAGGUGAUUUUUUAAAUAAUUUAAUGCAUGGUAAAGGAAUCUAUAACUAUAAAAAUGGGCCUAUUUAUGAAGGUUAAUUUUUAUUUAACAAACCUGAUGGGUUCGGUGUUGAAUCUUGGCCAGAUGGUUCUAUAUAUGAAGGAUAAUUUAAAGAAGGUAAAAAAUGUGGUAAAGGAUGUUACAAGUGGUAUUAAGGAUGUGUUUAUGUUGGAGAAUGGAAAAAUAAUAAAAUUCAUGGAACUGGAAGAUAUGAUUGGCCUGAUGGAAGGGUAUGUUGAUAGUAAAUAAUUCCAGUCUUACUCCGGUAGUUGGGCCUGUAAUCAAAUGCAUGGGAGAGGAAAGUACUUUUGGUAGGAUGGCAAAUGCUAUGACGGUGAAUAUUAGAAUGAUCGAAAAUAAGGAUUUGGAAUAUUUUAUUGGCCAGAUUGUAAAUAAUAUUAAGGAUAAUGGAAAGAUGGAAAAUAACAUGGAAAAGGACUUAUGAUAUAUCCAGAAGGGAAAAAAAAAGUCGGAAUUUGGUAAAAUGGGAAAUUGAUAAAUUAUACUGAAGAUGAUAAUUUUCAAAUAAUUCCAGAAAAUUGGUUACAAUAAUGA